CUCGGCAGUCGGCAGUGUCGCAGCAACAUGUCGCGGGUGUGGACGCGAGCGGAGGUGGCGGCGCGCUGCCGGGCCGACGACGCCGCCAUCGUCAUCGACAACGUCGUGUACGACAUCACGAGCUUCAUCGGCGAGCACCCCGGCGGGCCCGAGGUGCUGCUGGCCAACGUCGGCCGGGACGCGUCCAAGUGCUUCCACGACGUCGGCCACAGCGACGCGGCGCUCGAGUGGCGCGCCACCUUCCGCGCAGGCGAGAUCGCCGCCGACGAGCGGUGGGAGGAGCUCGGCCCGCGCCGCGACCCGCCGCCCGAGCCGCCGCCGCCGUUCACGCUGCGUAGCCUGCUGGACGCCGCGCUGCCGCCCCUGGCCAUGGCCGCCGCGGCGCUCGCGCUCUACUGGGGCGUGCUGUCGUAGACGACGCGCACAGGAUCGCUCGACCCCCCCGCCCGCGGCGCCCCGGCGGCGAUGUUCUCACUUCUCUGUCGGUACUCGGUAUCACCGUGAGUCAGCGAUUCCGGGCCGCACGCGAUAGCGCGUG